GUACAAUAUAAAAUCCUUAAUUAAUUUAUAACUAUUAUAAUUGUUUAGAUAACUGAAUUUAAAUUGCCGCUUAAAGCAUGCAGAAUUUGCGCGGACGAAUUGGAUAUCGCUUUAAAAAUCCGUUUUAAAAUUAUCAGAAGAAGUCAACAAGUUAAGAAAAAUUUGAUAGGAAAAAAGUUGGCAUUUACUCAAACUGAUAAUACAAAUAUGAUCACAAGAGGUUCUCAAACUGACAAAUUUGUACAAGUUGAUAUUCCUAGUGGUCCUAAAUUGAAUAACCUGAAGGCAAAUACUGAAUUAAAGAAAAAUUUAAUUAUUGCCCCAGUUGAUCUACAAAGGUAUUCUGCAAGAAAAUGUGAAACUUCGGUUAUGGAGGGAUCCAUUGAUCAAAAUUACGUUUCUGAAAAAGACAAAGAAAAUGGCAAUGAUGAUCAGAUAAGCAUGUUAAAUGUAGUUGAAAAAAAAGACUUUAUAAAUCUUCCUCACUCGGAAGUUAAGAGUGUCCUCAGGAAAAUGGCAAUCACAAACAAGCAAUGUUUACGUUGUUACAAAUGUUUUUCAGACAACCUAACUUUAAUAAAGCACAUACGAAAAAAUUGUUCAUUAAAACUUUCAAGGGGAGAGGUUGUGGACAAUGUAGAGGGUACCAGUGAACAAGAACGAACCUGCAGCAAAUGUCGGUCAAUUUUCCGUACCAUCCUUGACCUUAAUCUACAUAAAGAAUUUGACCAUAAUAACUUAGUUUGUCCCCAGUGUUUAACAUUCUGUUAUAAUAACAUUGAUCAACAUCAUACAUUGCAUAAAAGCGAGAAAAAAAUGACAUGCGAAUACUGCGAUGGCACUUUAACAAAAACUUCAGUGGUAAUUCACAAAGUGGCACAUGCCUGGAAUUGGUGGAAACAUGGGAAAAGUCCAUGUAUGAAUUGCAAUGAACUUGUCUCAAACGAUUACAGAUACAAUCAUCAUUUUGAAUGCUCUCAGAAGAAAUUUGUUUGUGAGACAUGCGGUUAUGUACUCAAAACACUCUCGUCACUCAAGAAGCAUAAACUUGAACACGAAAAAUUGUAUAAAUGCGUAAUUUGCUUGAAGGAUUUCUUUAACAAGAAGGAGUUAAUCAGACACAACCAAGUAAGUCAUAUAAUUUUGUCAAGUAUACAACUGAAGAAGAUUAAAUUGAAAAAUGAUGCACUAUCUCCUCCAUGCCAAACAGUUAAAGGACAAAAACAGAGAAAUUCACCGAAAAGAAUUAAUUUUACCCGUACAGAAGUAUGAAAAUUACUGAAAUAACAACGUUUUUAUUAAAAGUUGUUCACCAUUGCGUACGUUUUGUUCUGCAUUUAUAAAAUAAGUAAAUUUCAUAAUUUUCUCAUAAACUAAAAAAAAUUUA